UUUGUAUCGGCAAAGGAAAGAUCGUGUAGUGCAAAAACUCGAGCGAUUACUUUGUGCUUGUAAAAACUGGUUCUCUUCUGUGUAGUUUUGCGAUAGAUACUGCUAAUAAUAGUUUAUCGUUCUGAUAUCAGUUCAGCUGGCAGUGUUUUGAGUGCAAAGAAGCCUGUGUGCCGUUGUAAAUUCCAUCGAAUUUACUUGUGCGCUGGACUGUGUGAGCAACUUGAAGUUUCAAUACGUUCGCAAGUAAAUACUCCUACCAAAAGGCAACUGCUCCAAAAUGUCGGUGAUUGGAAUUGAUUUUGGCAACGAGUCCUGUUACGUUGCGGUAGCCAAAGCUGGCGGCAUUGAAACCAUCGCCAAUGACUACAGUUUGCGAGCCACACCAUCGUUCGUUGCGUUCGCCGGACGCAAUCGAGUGCUUGGUGUUGCCGCAAAAAAUCAACAAGUCACAAACAUGAACAACACCAUCGGUGGAUUCAAGCGUUUUCUAGGACGCAAAUUUAACGAUCCUCACGUGCAGGAAGAAAUGCGCUCAUUGCCGUACCAGGUGGAAGCGACGUCGGACGGUGGUAUCGGUAUACGGGUGAACUACCUCGACGAAGAACACGUCUUCACACCGGAGCAGAUCACGGCAAUGCUGUUCACUAAGCUAAAGGAGGACGCUUCGAAGGAGCUGAAGACACAGAUCAACGACUGCGUUGUUACGGUGCCGUCCUUCUUUACGAACGCUGAACGUCAGGCGCUGCUCGAUGCCGCCAGCAUAAGUGGGCUAAAUGUGCUUAGGCUUAUGAAUGAAACAACAGCCACUGCCCUGAGUUAUGGAUUCUACAAGCAGGACCUACCGGGCCCGGAAGAAAAGCCACGCAAUGUAGUGUUUGUGGACUGUGGCCAUGCCUCACUACAGGUUUCGGCCUGUGCGUUCCAGAAGGGUUCGCUGAAAAUGCUUGCCAGCUGCUCGGACUCCGUUGGCGGGCGGGACUUUGAUAUGAAACUGGCCAUGCAUUUUAACAAGGAGUUCCAAACGAAGUACAAGAUUGACGCAUCGUCUAAAAAGAGAGCAUUUCUACGUUUGUUGACCGAAGUUGAAAAGCUGAAGAAGAACAUGUCGGCUAACAGCACAAAGCUGCCGUUAAACAUAGAGUGUUUCAUGAACGAGAUUGAUGUGCAAUCUUCACUACAGCGUUCAGACAUGGAAGAAAUGUGCAGUCACCUGUUUGCCCGCAUUGAGUCGACCAUGCGAAAAUUGUUAUCAGACUCAAAGCUGGCCCUUGAGGAUAUACAUUCCGUGGAAAUAGUUGGCGGCAGUAGUCGCAUUCCGGCUAUUAAGCAUUUGAUCGAGCAAAUUUUUGGAAAACCGGCGAGCACGACGCUUAAUCAAGAUGAGGCAGUUUCCCGUGGAGCAGCCCUGCAGUGCGCCAUCAUGUCGCCUGCGGUGCGGGUGCGCGAGUUCUCCUGCACGGAUGUACAGGCCUAUCCAGUGCUGAUCUCCUGGGACGACAGUGACGGGCCCCAUGAGUUGAAGGUAUUCGAACAGUAUCAUUCCGCACCGUUCGCUCGUAUGCUGACUGUCCAACGCAAGGAAGCCAUGACGAUCACAUUGAAGUACGAACCGAACAGUGUUCCAUUUCCGGACCCGUUUAUUGGCUCGUACCAGGUAAAAGGCAUCAAACCGGAUGCUAACGGAGAGGCCCAGGAAGUAAAGGUCAAAGUUCGCAUCAAUGGCAACGGAAUCAUAAUGCUCGCCAGUGCGACAAUAUAUGAACGCAAGGAAAGCGAAGAGCCAGCUUCGCCGGGAGCAAAUGGCGAACAGAAGGCUGGAGAUGCAAGUGGACAACAACCAUCGUCUCCCCAGGAGGGUGACGAUGCGAGCAAAGUGGGCGAACCAAUGGAUGUGCAAGAGGGUAGCGAUGAUGAGCAACCUAAAAAAGACUCAAAAGCCAACGAAAGUAGUGGAGAGGGUUGGACGCAACGUGUCACCAGAUGGUUCACAUCGGAUAAGAAGAAAAAAAUUAUAACUAAGCAUGUAGAGCUUACGAUUGAAUCUAAGGUUCAUGGCUUUUUGUCUGCAGAUCUGCACAAAUUUUUCGAAGAAGAGAUGAAAAUGAUUGCUAAUGACCGCCAAGAGAAAGAGCGCAUUGAUGCCAAAAAUGCCCUCGAAGAGCAGGUGUAUGAGGUCCGCGAAAAGAUCCAGGAAGAUGGGGCACUGCAUCAGUACAUCGAACCGCAGGAAGCAUCGGAAAUAUGUCGCGAACUAGAAGAAACCGAAAACUGGUUGUACGAGGAUGGUGAAUCGUGCGAGAAGGGGGUAUACAAGGAGCGGCUGGAAAAACUUCACGCCAAAAUGAACCCCGUCCGAAACCGUUGCGAAGAGUAUAGCGGACACGAAGGGGCAUUUACUGAACUGGGAUACAGCAUCCAGCAAACCUUGAAGGCAGUCGAGCAGUACCGUGCGAAGGAGCCGAAGUAUGAUCAUCUGUCUGAAACAGAAAUUUUAAACAUUACCGAGGCUGCUCAAAAGGCACAAAAAUGGUACGAAGACGCUCGAACGAAACUGGUCGGUGCUCGCAAGACGCAGGAUCCUCCCGUGAAGCUUGCCGAUAUUCGCCACGAAACCCAAACCCUUACGACGUGUACGAACUCGGUACUGAACAGACCGAAACCGAAGCCACCAACCCCGCCAGCAGAUCAGCAACCGAAUGGGCCAUCCAGCAAUAACAACGCAGGGGCGGCGGGUGGUGAUCAACAAGAUUCAAAUGCACCCAAGCAGACUACAGAAGAUUCAAUGGACGUAGAAUAAUCCGCUCACUCGUGGAACCAAACUCUAACGUACACUCACAGGACACAGAUCACAGACCUUCCCAAACACAACGCCCGUGUAGUUAAAUUCACUAUUUCAUUCGUGGCUUUCUCCUACUAUUCUACGCUCAUUUGUCCUACAGCAUUACAGUUACAGAUUGAUCGCAGGUCUGGUAGUGUUUUCAGUUAACUGUGCUACAGAUGAAAUUUAAAAUACAGAUACGAUAACAUAAAAAUAUUUAUACGGCAUGGCAUUGCAGGUAAACACACUGUGAAGUUUUAAAAUGCAGGACAACAACUUCAAGUUGCUAGACGUAACCACGGGGCACGCGAACUGCGAACCUACGUACACACGUUUGCAUCACGGAUGUUUUGCUCAGACGUAUCAUCGAAAGCGAGCGUUGCUUAACUGGCAUGAGCUAGUGCUAUGUCUAAUCCAUUUCGCUUUCUCAUAAGAAUAAUUUAUAAUGGCAUUGAAGCCUUCAUUAACCUUCCAUUAGCAAGGCUGCGAGAAAGCCGAAUGAUUUGUUUUAUCGGUGUAUUCUGCUUUGCUGGUUUUCUCUGUAAUAAAUUAGAUAUAGUGUCAAUGUUUUCCCACUU